AGGGUGAGCCAAAGAAAAAGAAGACAACUAAAAUUGAGAAGUACUGGGAUUGGGAACUAGCCAACGAGACAAAACCGCUAUGGUGGAAAAAGAAGAGUACAAUGAGUUCUACAAAAAAGCUUCCAGGUGAGGUUGAGUUCAGGAGCAUUUUGUAACAACGAGGAUGUUGCAAUUCAGAAUUUACAAACCUACAAAGAAAAGAAGAGAUGAAGAUAUAUGAAGUAAAGGAAAGGGAAGCUAAAGAAGAGUUUAACCUUCUCUGUGACUGGAUAAAACAGCAACUCAGAUGAAAAAGUUGCUAAAGUCCAAGUCUCAAAUCGUUUGAGCUCUUCUUCUUGUGUGUUUGUCUCGGGCAAAUUCGGGUGGUCAGCUAAUAUGGAAAGGUGACAAUGAAAAGCAGUUUAUCAGUCAUACACUUUGAUUAUGAGGGGUAUUAUUCAAGUGAAGGAGAAGAUGUACGAUGGAUUUCAAAAGAAGAUAGAAUGUACUCUUUUCUCAUGAAGACAUCAAUUCGUGAGGUAUCAUAUUCUGGGUUGGUUGAAAAAAUAUGCAACAAGAUGAGAGUAGAUGAGGCUACAACUCAGCUCAAGAUUAGUUAUCUUCCAUUACUAUUGAUGGAACGUAAGAAACCAAAUGACAUUCGAGACGAUGAAGAUGUUGUGUGUUACUUAAAGCAAGUGAAUAAAGAAGGGUGUAGAAGUGUUUUGCAUGUGGAGGUUACCAAUAUCGUUGAAGAAAAUCAGAGGACUGAGGAAAAUCACGGAUUUAAGCAAGGUUCAAGAGAAGAUUUGGUUAGGGUAGUUGUCCCUAGUAAUAAAGAGAUUCUUCCAAUUUGUGAAGCGAAUAAUAGCGAAAUUCUUUACCUAGGGGAACCUUCACAACAAAAUGAGGUGGUGGAGCAUGAUGAAAAAGAUUAUAAUGUGGAUAAUCUUGAAAUGUUUGAAGAUAUUGGUGCAGAGAGAAAUGAGUCUGUACGUAUUGCAUGGGAGGAUGGUCUUAAUAUCAAAGUAGGCCAAGAAUUUGGAAGCAAAAAAACAGUGCAAAAUUUAGUUGAAUUGGCUGGCCAUAAGAACUGUUUUGAGUUUGAUGUAAUCAAGUCAGAUUUGUCAAGAUACGUGGUUAAAUGUUCUGAAGCAAAAAAUGGUUGUGAGUGGUACGUACGAGCUGCGAGGCGUAAUACGUCCGAGUGUUUUUCUAUUAGAACUCACAAGAAUAUUCACACGUGCUCUCGGACAACUUCAAGUACAAGUGUAAACAGAAGGAAUGGCACACCAAGGAUAGUUGCUUCUAUUUUGGCAGAAGAUUAUCCGGGUAAGUUUGACACGCCAAGUCCAAAAAAUCUCAUCGAUUUGGUUCAAGGAAGAUUUGGAGUUUCAGUGUCAUACUCUACCGCAUGGAGAGGGAAAAAACAAGCUGCUAGUGAAAUUCGUGGUACUGCCGAGGAUAGUUUUAUGCUUUUGCAUUCUUAUUUGUUCAUGUUAAGAAAGAUGAAUCCUGAUACAAUUUCAUAUGUGGAAGUGGAUAAGGAAAAUAAAUUUCUAUACUUGUUCUUUGCGUUGGGAGCUUGCAUUGAAGGUUUUCGUGUGAUGAGAAAGGUAAUAAUUGUUGAUGCAACCCACCUUAAGACUUCACAUGGUGGAGUACUCAUUGUCGCUACUGCUCAAGAUCCAGAUCAUCACCACUAUCCGAUAGCCUUUGGUGUAGCUGAUGGUGAGAAUAAUUUAAGUUGGGAUUGGUUUUUCAAUAAGCUAAAAACGGUUGUACCGGAUGAUCCUGAAAUGGUGUUUGUUUCGGAUAGAAACCACAGCCUCAUGAAGUCAAUAGGUGAGAUAUAUCCAUUGUCUCAACAUGGAUGUUGUAUCUUCCACUUGUCUCAGAAUGUGCUAGGAAGUGUUUUUGGAGUCAAGAAAGAAACAGUUGCAGUGAAGUUCAGGGAAUGUGCUCGGGCAUAUACUGAGGCUGAGUUCUUACGUCUUUAUGGUGACUUCUCUUCUAGGUAUCCUUCUGCACGUGCGUACCUAGAUAAAAGCACUGAAGUGAAAAAGUGGGCAAGAUGUUACUUUCCAGGUGAAAGGUACAAUAUAGACACCACCAAUUGUGCUGAAUCUAUCAAUAGUGUUUUUAAAGAUGUAAGGAAGCUUUCACUAUUACCAAUGAUAGAUGCGAUUGUUCAGAAACUUGCUGAUUGGUUUAACAAACAUAGGAAGGCUUCUUCAGAAAUUACAAAUGGGCAGAAAUUAGUUCCUUUUGUGGAGAACGAACUCCAUACAAGUUGUGCAAAAGCAAAACUGUUGCCAGUGCUGGAAUUAAACAGUUAUCAACUUGAAUACAUUGUGACUGGACGUGAUGGUAUUAAAUAUUUUGUAGAUUUGAAAACAAAAUCUUGCAGCUGUAAGCGGUUUGAUAUAGAUAAAUAUCCAUGUGUGCAUACAAUAGCUGCUGCAAGAGAAGUAAAGAAGAACGCAGCGCCUGAUCUGGAGUUACAUAACUUGGCCUCAAAAUUUUAUUGGAUUGAACUUUGGGUUUUGGCGUAUUACAAGACGAUUUAUCCGGUUCCACAUAUAUCUCAAUGGACUGUUCCCGAUCAGAUAAAAUCUUUGUUUGCAUUACCUCCAGAUUAUGAAGUAAAACAAGGAAGGAGACAAGAAAAAAGGUUUAAAUCUGCUGGAGAAUAUCGACGAAGGAAGCCGAAGCAAAAGACUAACAGCUUGUAUGAGUGGUUUAACAAUAUUGGUGGUGAAAAUUGA